AUGGGUCUUGGCCAUGCCUACUGUGCUUUGGCACUCGCGUUGCUGGGCGUUUGCCGCGUGGGCGCUGUCAGUCUGGAUGUACCCAGCGCGCCCGAUGCAGACCGACAAUGUAUCGAUCCUAGUUUUCAAGCCUUUUCGAUUGAAUUCUUCUCCUUCUUGGAUUACACUGGAAACUCUAGCUACUCGAACGAGCUCAACACCAAUCUUGUCAACAAUAUUAUAGACAUCGGCGGGUCUCACGUUGAGAUGCGCAUUGGCGGCUCGUCUGGCAACUUGCUCCACUGGGACCCAGAUCUGGACGUGGGCAUGUUGCCAUCGUUUCCGUCUGGUUCUGACAAGCCAAACUACGUCAAAGUGGGACCCAAGUUGAUGGAAGGCUUCAGUGUAUGGCCCAAUAAUACAAAGUACAUCUUUGGAAUGGACUUCAACUUUAGCACCUACGACAAUCUUGUUGAGACGGACUUGAACAUCGCUCCGUUGGUCUUUGACACUCUCGGUGACCAGCUGGAAAGCUUUGAGAUUGGCAAUGAGUUUGGUCAUGGUUUCAAAGAAGGAAUCCCCGGUUAUGUGGAGCUGUGGCUCGCGUAUGCCCGCAACGUGAGCGAGGCUGUUUGGAGUGUUGAGGACACCAAAAAGUUCUGGGUUGGAGGCUUUCAGGAGCCAACCUGCUUUAACUCUAGUUGCUUCACAGUGCAGACCAUCAUGGAGCAGGGGAUCGAGGACAGCGGGCUUGCCAAGACUGCUAACACGCAUGUUUACAUGGGCUCGGCUGGGUCUUCGUGGCUCGAUUCGCAAUUUCUCAUGAAUCACAACAAUACGCAGGGCAAGGUUGAUUGGCAAGCGCCUCUGGCCGACUAUGCUACAUCGAUCGGAGUUCCGUACGUGAUGGGCGAAACCAAUUCCUUGUCGGGACAUGGAAAGGCCGGGGUAUCUGACACUUUUGGCGCGGCGCUCUGGGCUGUCGAUUAUGUCCUGUACGCAGCAACCACCAACAUAACCAAACUCUAUUUCCACCAAGGAACUGGGUGGAAAUACUCAGCCUGGUCACCUGUGGAGGCCUUUGGGUUUCCGGCUGGUGUUCAGGGCACUUACUUCUCCUGGCUUUUCACGGCAAAGGCACUCAAGGGGGGCCACAAACAAUUCGAGGUCCUGUACAGUAACCAGACCUUUGUGGCCUACGGAAUCUACAAGAAUGGAUGUUCUAGCUCCAAAGCCAAUUUGGAGUCCAUUGCAGCCAUCAAUCUUCAGGCGUGGGAUGCCAGCGAAGACUCAGCUGACAGGCCUGUCAUCUACGUUGACAUACCAGAGAGCCUCAAUGCUACCUCGGCGAAAGUAAGACGCCUCACCGCGCCCGGGGCCAAUGUCAAGUGGGGAAUCACAUUUGACUCUCAAGGCGUGGACACGGAUGGUACUAUCAAUGGCACCGCAAAGAGCGAGAAAAUCUCGGAUGGUAGAGUGGGUGUUGCAGCAAGUGAGGCGGUACUCAUCACGUUUUGA